CCUGCGCGGGCCCAUAAGCCCCUGCGCGGGCGCCGCCCUCCCUCUCGCGGCAGGGCCAGCGGCGGACGGCGCCAUCGCGCACCCGGCGCCAUGCCUGCCCUCAGGCCUCUCGUCAAGCCUAAAAUCGUCAAGAAGAGGACCAAGAAGUUCAUCCGCCAUCAGUCCGAUCGCUAUGUCAAGAUCAAGCGCAACUGGCGUAAACCCAGAGGCAUUGACAACCGAGUGCGCCGGCGGUUCAAGGGCCAGAUCCUGAUGCCCAACAUCGGCUAUGGCAGCAACAAGAAAACAAAGCACAUGCUGCCCACGGGGUUCAGAAAGUUCCUGGUCCACAACGUCAAGGAGCUGGAGGUGCUCAUGAUGAGCAACAAGUCGUUCUGCGCAGAGAUCGCACACAACGUGUCCUCGAAGAACCGGAAGGUGAUUGUGGAGAGAGCGGCUCAGCUCGCCAUCAAGAUCACCAACCCCAACGCCCGGCUGCGCAGCGAGGAGAACGAGUGACCGGCGUCUGCGGCCGGGCUCUGUUUAAUAAAGCAUCAAAACGA